AUGCGUGUCAAGGCACUCGAGAUACGAUGGCACAACACCCAACCCAUCUUCUCGGCCGACUUCCACCCUCUGCCGGCUGACCAGUACCGCAAGACCAGCGCUCACCCGUACAUGAGCAAGGACAUGAGCCCGGACCGUGAUCCUGAACUCUGCUGGCGACUCGCAACCGCAGGAGGUGACAACAAUGUUCGGAUCUGGCUCGUUCAUCCUGAGCCGCGACCCGCUCCGGGAGAAGCACCGGCAGCCACAGGAUCGAGUCAGACGGGCGCAGGUAUAGGCUCGCCAAGAGUCGAAUACUUGGCAACGCUUACGAAACAUACUGCCGUCGUUAACAUCGUCCGCUUCUCCCCAAAAGGCGAUAUGUUGGCAUCUGCGGGCGAUGACGGCGCGAUCUUGCUCUGGGUGCCUGCAGAAAAAUCAUCUAGCUCGUUCGGCAACUUGCUGUCAGAAGACAGCGCAUACGAGCGCGAGAAUUGGCGCGUCAAGACGAUGGCCAGAUCUACCUCUACGGAAGUGUAUGACCUCGCAUGGUCACCUGAAGGAGACUUCUUCAUCACUGGAAGCACCGAUCAUACCGCCAGGAUCUACAGCGCCGAUAAUGGAGGGUGCAUACAUCAGAUCACCGACCACAAUAAUUACGUGCAAGGCGUAUCUUGGGACCCUUUGGACAAGUACAUUGCAACUCAAUCAAGCGACAGGCAUAUGCACGUCUAUUCGCUCAAAUAUCGCAAGAACUCUUCAGGGGGACGAGACUUGGCAGAAGUUCAUCUCGAAGGCAAGAAUUCUCGACUCGAUCUCGAACGUGCGGGCGGUCUCGCCUUUGCAGACGCGCUCAAGAAAUUCGAUCGCGCAGCCGGUGGUGCUCCUUUGCCGACACCUGCCCCGACUGUCGCUAGCGCAGAGGACGAAGAGCAUUGUGCAACUAGCACGGCAUUCGUUCGCCCGCCUGCGCCAAAGCGAACGCCGUCGCAAGCGAGCGAGAGAAGCGAGUCUUCGAGCCGACCCGACUUUUCUGCACGUAUGCCCACGCCAGCGUCAGAAGCAGCGCCGCCUGAUUCGGGCACGAUGAAUCCGCCAUCGCACAAGCCAGCUUCGAGACGAUCGUCCAAUGCGGGUUCACAAGUCACUAUGUCACCUCCGCUCGGGCCACAGCAUCACCUCGCUCCUGGAUCGCACGCAACUGCUUCACCCUCGCAUCGACAUAUGCGCAGUCCAUCGCCUGCACCUUUGCCUGCCGUCAGACUGCCUCCCUCCCCCUCGCUUGGCUCUUCUACGGCCUCGACUGCCAAUUCGAUACAAGCUAUUGCAAUGUAUGGCGACCAAGAGCUCACGCCCUUCUUCCGGCGGUUAUCGUGGAGCACAGACGGCAGCAUGUUGUUCACGCCAGCUGGCAUCUUUGAGGACCCCUUCAUACCGGCAAGCGUGACGGCUUCGAAUGGCUCGGACGUGUUAUCCGCACCGGCCAAGAAGCGUCCUAAGAAGAUCGAAAAGGACGGCGAGCCUAGUCAAGGCGGCAAAGUCCUCACGACGUACGGCUAUACGCGCGCAUUCCUUGGCCGGCCAGCUAUACGUUUACGCGGUCAUCGAACUGGCAGUAUUGGCAUCCGCUUCAAUCCGGUCUUAUUCCAGCUUCGGACGGACCUGCGCUCUAAAGUUCUUCAGGCUGCUACAGACUCCGCCGUGCCCGUCGCCGGACCAUCCGCGCCCGGUUCAUCCGAGGUGACCACCACGGGCAAACCAGAGGUAGCGCAAGGCAAAGAGCCAGCACCAGACUCGCCGCCACCCGUCAGUAUGAUCGACCUGCCCUAUCGGAUGGUUUACGCCGUUGCGACUCACGAUGCCGUGCUUGUCUACGAUACUCAGCAGACUUCUCCUAUCUGCACCUUUAGCAAUCUGCACUACUCGCCCUUUUCAGAUAUGUCAUGGACCGCCGAUGGGCGCACGCUUGUGAUGAGCAGUCAGGACGGCUACUGCACUAUUGCAGCCUUUGACGGCAAGGAUCUCGGAACACCUUGCGAGGCCCAGCCUUUCUCGCAGCUCCGCAAGUCAGACGCAACACCUCCAGGAGCAGCUGCUGCAGGUCCCCCGCCACCGAGCGUCAACCCGCCACUCGUCGCCAAAAGGCCAGCAGUCAGCGCGAGCGCGUCUGCUUCGGCCACAGCUGUCGAAGCACAGAGAUCUGCGCCCGCGAACCCGUUGGCAGCUUCAACAAGCCUGUCAGAGCCACCGGCUGAGAACCCGAGCAAGAAGCGCAGGAUCGCGUUGACUCAGGUGGAGCAGUACGAUCCAGCUAAUUUCGGCUGGCGGUCAACGACAAAGCCAGCACGGCGCCCGACCACAUACACACCCGCAAGCAACACGAUGCUCACCCGUAAUCUAUUGGCUCUCUGCCUAGCCGGCGCUGCUCUCGCCCAGACGACAACGAUGAGCUCUUCUGCAGCUUCAGCUUCAGCGACAAGCGCGACUGCUGCCGCCACAGCUGCGACUGGCAUCCCUGCUUCGCUCUCCUCUGCACUCUUGAUGAGCAGUACGAGCACGUCAGUUGGGCCUGCAGGCACAGCGACUUAUACCUCACCCGUCUUGCCCCGAUGCGCCCUUGAAUGCUCUCUUCAGGUCCUGUCGAGCGGCAACACGACCUGCACCUCUGUGGCCAACAUCACAUGUAUCUGCACGAGCCCGUCGUACCAGCUCGCCGAUUACGCCUGUCUCAAGGCUAAUUGCUCGGAUGCAAACUUCCAGGCAGCUCUGGCCUACGGUCAAGGCAUUUGCCAGCAAGCAGGCAUCGCUAUUACCACCUCUGCGACGCCAUCGGGAUACACAGGGACACAGACUGCUCCUGGCGUGACCAGCACUGGAUCGACGUCAAGUGCACCAUCGCUGAUCAACCUUCAGCAAGCCCUUGCAAUUGGCGUCAGCGGUAUCACGAUCGUCUUCGCCAGCCUGCUGCUCGUCUGA